AUGGAAUGGGCGAUUACCAACGAAGACUUGUCGCAUCCCGAAAAAAGCGGAGUUAUUCGGUUCAUCGAGCGGAUGGAACGGGACCUGCGAAACUGGGGCACCCCCAUCGAAGGUUUCCAGUUCCUGAAUUCUGCUCUGGAAAUGCUGCGCUUCAGUCGGGAGAUCGAAGAUGAGGUGCUGGCCCAUCCCGAAGGCUCGGACCUCUACGUUGGUUUCCAGCACACGGAAAAACUGCUGGGCGAACAGUUGCGCUACCGGCACAUUCUGGACUCGGGAAUCAGGAUAGUCGGUUUCGGAGAAGGGGAAGCGCCCGAUUUCCUGGCCGACACCGCAGCCGAGUGGGUGUCUCUGCCCAGAGACCAUCACCUGUUGCUGAACCAGUGGUUCCUGGUUUCCACGGCGCCGGAUCCUAUCGCCUUUGUGGGGUGGGAGACUUCCCCGGACGACCAGUUUGGAGUUGGCGGAGUCUCUGCGGAGGGGAAGAGCUUCGAAGGGUUUGUUACCGCCGAUCCCCGGAUCAUUACGGCCCUGGUGGAAUACCUGGACGAGGUGCGGGAGGGACACAGGAAACAGAAAGCUGAUGUCGAUCAACUGGCUUGCGAGCUGCCUCCUGGCCUGGCCUUUGAAGUGGAAGAUGAUGCAGUGCCGGUGAUGAUGGGCCGAGAUCAUUCAGGCUUGCGCCUGGCCGAACCAGCCCAGCGAAUCCUGGCAGUGACCGAUCUGCACGGGUCUGCGGAGUACAACGCCCUGCGGGGCUGGGCCACCGAACUGGCCAUCGCCAACGCAAGCCAACUGGUACUGUUCGAGAUGUCCGCCGCCGCCUGCCUGGUGACCCCCUAUCCGGAGGAACACCGGAAGCAGUGGCAGCGAAUCCUGAACUGGCGGGACCUGCUUCCCCUGGGCCGCGCCCCCCUGGCCCGUCAGUUGGCCAGGAUCCAGGCCCGGGGGAUUGAGGCUGGCGCCAUCCUGCCCACGACCCACGGCUUCAAGCACCUGGCCCACUGGGUGGAGCAGGAAAAUAUCGACCUGAUACUGCUGCCCAAUUCGCUGGUACGGCCCGGCCGGCUGGCCCGGCUGCGCGGCUACAGCCUCAGGUCGCUGCUGGAACACACCAACUGCCGCGUAAUGGUGGUGGCCGCCAACGGAACUAUGUGUGUCGCCAAAGCUGAGGAUGACCUUGCCGACGCCGGCUUGAACCACCGGAUGGUCGGCCGGCUGGUGGCCUAG